AUGGACCGCAACGAGGCGCGGAAAGAAACGUUUUACCGGGCGAAACGAAUUCAUUUUCUCGGACGAAUCGUGCACGUGUGCACGCAAAACGAGAACGGUCCGUGCCCGUUGCUCGCUUUGGCGAACGUUUUACUCCUCAGGAACGCGAUUCAAAUGCGGAAUUUUGCGACGACGAGUGCGAGUGCGAGUAGUGGUGGUGGCGGCGAAGAGUCGUCCUCCUCUCCUCAACUUUAUUCCUCGCACGAAGUCAUCGCGACUUUAGCGACGAGAAUAUUAGACUCGAACGUCUCGGAGAAGACGGGGGAGGCGUAUAAAGGGUUUCAGUUAGGCGAGAACGCGCGAGAACGAAUGUAUGAGAACAACGAGAAGAAUAUUGAGACGGCGUUGUCGGUGUUGCCGAGUUUAGUGAACGGGUUAGAUGUGAACGUGCAGUUUAUCGAUUCCGAGGCGUUUGAGUACACGGCGAACUUGUGCGUGUUUGACGCUUUGGACGUGAGUUUAUACCACGGGUGGGUGGUGGACGCGAAGUUUGACGUCGCGACGGGGCACGUGGUUAGUAGGCUGAGUUAUAAUCAACUCGUAGAACGGUUGAUUGAAUUGAGAGACUUGGAACAAGAACAAGAGAUGAUCGAGGAAGAGAAGAAGAAGAUCGAGGAAGAGUUGAAUUUAAGCGCGAAGGAAAACGUGCUUCACACGGAGGAUUCGCCGACGACUGGGGAGCUGAACAAACAGUUGGACGAGUUGGCGGAGAUGAUGGAAGGUGGGAGCAACGUGACGACGCCCAGAUCAAAAAGUAAUCAGAAUAGUUUUAGCGAGAAUAACAACAAGAGCAACAGUAAUAACAAUAACGAUAAUAGCAAUAGCGAAAAGAGUUUAGCGGCGAUCGGCGAAGAAGAAGAAAGAGAAGAGGACGAAAGAGUGCGUUUACAGAAACAAAUAUCGAACGAUUUCAAUAAAAUUGUCAUGGAGCGCACGGCCAUCGAAGAGUUCCUAGAGGCUACCUCCACGCAGUGCACCGAGGAAGGUUUGAAAUCUGUUUUUGGUAACAUGCGGAACAACGAGUUGGGCGUGUUUUUUCGAAACAAUCACUUCUCGGUGAUUUUUAAAAGAGAUAAUCAGUAUUUGCUUUCUCUGGUUACUGACGAGGGAUUCAUCGACGAACCGUCAAUCGUUUGGGAAAUCGUCUACGACGACGGCGCGAUCGACGACGACGAUAUCGAUUACGCCGAAGAAACUGACGACGAUCAAUUGGCGCGGUUGAUGAGAGAGCAACGCGCGAGAGAACGCGAACAAGUUUUCUUAAACGCCGAUUUCAAACCGUUCGACGGCACAGGCGAAGACUAUUUCGAUGUAGAAAAGAGCUCACCGGGUGCGAUUAAAACGAGAAGCGGACGCGCGUCAGUCUCUUCCUCGCAACCAGGCUCGGCGAUGAGCGGAGGUGGCCUCGCGGCGUUUUCGCCGCGGCAAGGCACCUCCUUCCCUGCGUCCCCGGCGAAAGCUUUAGGCGGGACUCCAACAGCCACGACGACUUCCUCGGACGAUGAUUUCGAAGUCGCUCGAAAACUGCACUCGGAGUUAAACUGCAACGCUCGAUUCGAGGCCCCAGUGGCUCCGAACGCGCAUCACGUCGACGCGCAAUUCAUUCCUCCGUCGCAAACGUACGAAAACAGCGCGGAUGCCGAUUUAGCCUACGCCAUGCGUUUACAAGAAGAAGAGGAACAAUCCGCCGCCGCUCGAGAACGCGAAAAUGGAGGACGUCGUUCUGCUGGACAUUUCGCGGACAUCCCUCCAACCUACGGCGCUCGCGGUCGCUUAGCCGAGGACCCGAUGUAUGCCGCCAACGCGCCGCACGAACAAGGCCAAAACGGAGAGCAACGAAGCGCCUAUUUACGUCCCGUGAGAAAGAUGAAAGUCUCCUCCUCGGGCGGUAAGAAGAGCUCCUCGGGUGGCGGCGCGAAAACCAGCGAAAACUGUUGCAUUCAAUAA